CCUGUCUAUUGUGUCUUGCCUCUUCUUCUUACUCUUCAUUCUACACAAUGGAACAAGACCCAAAUCCAUUCGUCCGCCAUUGCAAACGUCAAAGCAACAAUUCUGGCAGCUCUCGUCCUCUCAUUCUUGGCCCGGUUGGCGCCAUCCAGGCUGCCAUGUAUGCCCGUAGAUCCACCCCUAACACACCACUCAUUCCGACCCAGGAAAUCGUGAGGCGUGUGCUAGAUCACGGAUCAAUCGAAACCGAUCCUGAUUUCAACUCACAUGCUUGGCUAUCAGCCCUGCAAGAGUGGGGAAAUGCCACUCCGCUGGGCUCUCUGACAACGAACGUUGAGAGGGUGGAGAAUGUUGUUGCUGUUAUCAAACCUUGCACUCCCAAUGGGUUCGGAGAUGCGAAAGUUACCCUCAAGGACCCCACGGGUGCUGUUGAUGCUAGCAUCCAUCGCAAGGCCUUUACCCACAGUGAAUUUGCGAAUGACAUAACUAUUGGAUCUGUUCUCGUUCUCCAAAAGGUUGCUGUGUUUGCACCUAGAGGAACUGUUUGUUAUCUUAAUAUAACAUUGCCCAACCUAGUGAAGGUAUUCCCAAAAGAUUGCGGACCCCAUGACUUCAUCGAUAUCACAGAGGAAUAAUUUUGUUUUCCGUGUUGCUUAUGUUUAAUUUGGUUGUGUAACCGUUUAACUUAUUGUCAUGGAUUAUUACAUGCUUUGGAUUAUUUAUGUUGUCGUUGU